AUGACUUUUUCCAAGCUGACCAGUGCAUAUGCGUAUAGGGCGAAACUCGUCGAUGAUCCCCAGAUCAAAUACUCGUCGCUUCACAACCCUCUCGCUACCCAGCUUCAUACCUACGUGUGGCCAUUUCUCGUUAUCUGGCCUGCCUUCUUCGCGUUCUAUCUUUCCCCUGAGCGUUAUGAUACCUACAUUCAAGGCCAAGAAUGGACGUUCGUGUUCUCAGGCUCUAUCAUCACGGUCCAGUCGCUUCUUUGGUUAAUGACGAAAUGGAACAUCAACAUCGAAACCCUGUUUACGACAACCAAUGCCAAAUCCCUUGAUUCAGCUCAGCUCAUCAAGGUGAUUCCUGAGACUAAUGCCGGUUCCGCGGAAAUUUGUCCUUUGGUUUAUGACACAAAGGGGGGGAAGAAGACACUUUCGUUUCUCUUCCAGAAGCGCCGUUUCCUCUUCUACCCGGAGCGCAAGUGCUUCGCGCCUCUUUCGUAUGUUCUCGAUAAAGAGCCAAAGCCCGAGGUCGGAUACUUCCAGAAAAGCCAGGGUUUGACUACGAAGGCUGAGAUUGAGGGGGUCACCCACCACUAUGGGGACAACACUUUCGAUAUUCCCGUCCCUACGUUCGUUGAGCUUUGGAAGGAACACGCCGUGGCGCCGUUCUUCGUUUUCCAGAUCUUCUGCGUCGGCUUGUGGAUGUUGGAUGAAUAUUGGUACUAUUCGCUGUUUACGCUGUUCAUGCUGGUUGCUUUCGAGAGUACAGUUGUGUGGCAGCGCCAGAGGACCCUCACUGAGUUCCGAGGAAUGAACAUUAAGCCUUACGACGUUUGGGUGUACCGUGAGCGGAAGUGGCAGGAAAUCACUAGUGACAAGCUUCUCCCCGGUGAUUUGAUGUCAGUUAACCGAACCAAGGAAGAUGGUGGUGUUGCUUGUGAUAUUCUUUUGAUUGAAGGCAGUGCUAUCGUCAACGAGGCUAUGCUUUCUGGAGAGAGUACCCCGCUUCUGAAGGAUUCAGUCCAGCUUAGGGCCGGGGAUGACCUUAUCGAACCGGACGGCUUGGACAAGAACGCAUUUGUGCACGGAGGAACCAAGGUCCUGCAGAUCACCCAUCCCAACACCACUAUUGAUGGUGCUGAGCCUUCGACCGGUGUGACCGCCCCACCAGACAAUGGCGCUCUGGGUAUCGUUGUGAAGACCGGUUUCGAGACGAGCCAGGGUAGUCUUGUGCGCACUAUGAUCUAUUCCACCGAGCGUGUUUCUGCCAACAACGUCGAAGCUCUGCUUUUCAUCCUGUUCCUUCUGAUGUUUGCGCUCGCUGCCUCAUGGUAUGUGUGGCAGGAGGGUGUCACACAGAACCGCAAGAGAUCCAAGCUCCUUCUCGACUGUGUUCUCAUUAUCACCAGUGUUGUGCCUCCGGAACUCCCUAUGGAGCUCAGUCUUGCUGUCAACACCAGUCUUGCAGCUCUGAGCAAGUUCGCUAUCUUCUGCACUGAACCUUUCCGUAUCCCAUUCGCCGGACGUGUUGAUGUGGCCUGUUUCGACAAGACCGGUACUUUGACUGGUGAGGAUCUAGUCGUUGAUGGUAUCGCAGGACUCGCCUUGGGACAGAAAGGCGCAAAGGUUGAAAAGGAUGGCGCUUACACUGAGCUCGCAAAGGCUGGUGGUAUUGGAAUUGACACGACUCUUGUCCUCGCAAGUGCUCACGCUCUUGUGAAAUUGGAUGAAGGUGAAGUCGUUGGUGAUCCUAUGGAGAAGGCGACGUUGCAGUGGCUUGGCUGGACUUUGGGCAAGAACGACACUCUUACUCACAGAACUGCUCCGCCUGCUGGCUCUCCUCGCGUCACCGAAUCGGUUCAGAUCAAGAGACGGUUCCAGUUUUCUUCCGCCUUGAAGCGCCAGAGUACUAUUGCAACAGUCACCACUAACGAUCGUAAGACGUCGAAGAGAACCAAGUCGACUUUUGUCGGUGUUAAGGGUGCUCCUGAGACCAUCAGGAGUAUGCUGGUCAACACUCCUCCAAACUACGAAGAAACCUUCAAGUACUUCACACGCAAUGGUGCUCGUGUUCUCGCUCUUGCCUACAAGCAUCUUUCUGCAGAGGCUGAACUCUCGCAAGGACGCAUCAACAACUACACCCGUGAUGAGAUUGAGUCUGAGCUUACUUUCGCUGGUUUCCUGGUUUUGCAAUGCCCUCUCAAGGACGACGCUAUCAAGGCCGUGCGGAUGCUGAAUGAGAGCAGCCACCGUGUUGUCAUGAUCACUGGUGACAACCCUCUCACUGCUGUUCAUGUCGCACGCAAAGUCGAAAUUGUUGACCGGGAAGUUCUGAUUCUCGAUGCCCCUGAAAAUGACAACUCCGGAACCAAGCUGGUCUGGCGAAGCAUUGACGACAAGUUCAGCCGUGAGGUCGACCCCACCAAGGACUUGGACCCCGAAAUUGUGAAGACCAAGGACAUUUGUAUCACCGGUUAUGCCCUGGCCAAAUUCAAGGGCCAGAAAGCUUUUGUCGAUCUUUUGCGCCAUACCUGGGUGUACGCUCGUGUUUCCCCCAAGCAAAAGGAGGACAUCCUGCUGGGUCUCAAGGAUGGCGGUUACACUACUUUGAUGUGCGGUGAUGGUACCAACGAUGUGGGAGCUCUGAAGCAAGCCCACGUUGGUGUUGCCCUUCUGAACGGAUCCCAGGAAGAUCUGACCAAGAUUGCCGAGCACUACCGUAACACUAAGAUGAAGGAGCUCUACGAGAAACAAGUUUCUAUGAUGCAACGGUUCAACCAGCCCUCCCCGCCUGUUCCUGCGCAGAUCGCUCACCUCUACCCUCCCGGUCCCACCAACCCUCACUACCAGAAGGCGAUCGAAAGAGAGGCCCUGCGAAAGGGUAUCGCCCCUCCGGCACCAGGACAGGAACAAGGAGACGGAAUCCCUACUAUCACAUCGCCCGGUGCGCAGGCAUUGCAGCAAGCCAACUCGAACUUGAGCCCCCAGCAACAACGCCAGCAGCAGGCUUCCGCAGCUGCUGCCGGCUUCGCCGACAAGCUUACAUCGUCCAUGCUGGAGCAGGAGCUGGAUGAAAGCGAGCCCCCAACGAUCAAGCUGGGCGAUGCAUCCGUCGCUGCACCUUUCACUAGCAAGCUGGCCAAUGUGGUUGCCAUUCCCAACAUUCUUCGUCAAGGACGUUGUACGCUCGUUGCAACAAUCCAGAUGUACAAGAUCCUUGCUUUGAACUGUUUGAUCAGUGCCUACAGUUUGAGUGUCAUUUAUCUCGACGGUAUCAAGUUUGGUGAUGGACAGGUGACUAUCAGCGGUAUGCUGAUGAGUGUUUGUUUCCUUUCCAUUUCGCGGGCCAAGUCCGUGGAAGGUUUGUCCAAGGAGCGCCCACAGCCUAACAUUUUCAACGUCUACAUCAUUGGCUCUGUGCUUGGACAGUUUGCCAUUCACAUUGUCACAUUGAUCUAUUUGUCCAACUACGUCUACUCUAUUGAACCGAGACAACCCGACAUUGAUCUGGAGGGUGAAUUCGAGCCAUCCCUGCUGAACAGCGCCAUCUACCUCUUGCAGCUUAUUCAGCAGAUCUCAACCUUCUCCAUCAACUACCAAGGCCGGCCUUUCCGUGAGUCGAUCCGGGAGAACAAGGCCAUGUACUGGGGACUGGUGGCAGCCUCUGGUGUUGCCUUCUCCUGUGCAACCGAAUUCAUUCCUGAGAUGAACGAGAAGCUCCGUUUGGUUCCUUUCAGCACUGAGUUCAAGGUGACUCUGACUGUGCUGAUGAUGUUUGACUACGCGGGCUGCUAUAUCAUUGAAAACGUUCUUAAGACGUUUUUCAGUGACUUCCGACCCAAGGACAUCGCUGAGCGUCGGCCGGAUCAACUCCAGCGUGAAACGGAACGUAAAAACAAGGAGUUGUUGGAGAGUCAGACAAGGACUGCUUAAUCUGAUCGGACAUUUGGUCGAAUUGGGGUGGAUUGUCUAUUGUAGGUUAUAUGAUGAGAAGUUUGCUUAGAAGUUAAUACUAUUGAUGAGUGGUAAAUAGAGACUAGAAUUCCAUGCCAUUGAUUUACUCCAAGACAACUAGAUUCAUUCCUCAAGCCAUAAUCGUCACAGCAAUCGAACACCAUGGAAUUACUAACUAGGAUAUCAAAACAUCACGACAUCAAAAACUGAUUACCUCUUCAGGCAAACACAGUGACAUCAACGAUGGCCAAUCCAGACAACCAGACACAGUCUAGACGUGCUACCAGCAAACAGCAGGAAAGAAUUUCUCUCGUUCAAACCGAUUAGAAAGCUCUCGAAGCAACAUAAAUUGCAUGGGUAUUGACGAGGUGGUGGCUCUUAAUCCACCACUUUCGCCUGCGCAUUACCAGGC